CCCACAGCCUCACCGAAUCCACUGCCAGACUCAGUGGGUCAGGCAGGAAUGAAGCAAUCACUUCUUACCCUCAUGGUUGUGACUGUGUGUGUGGCUCUUCGAACCUCAGAAGCCAUACUUCCCAUAGCUUCCAGCUGUUGCACUGAAGUCUCUCAUCAUAUUUCCAGAAGGCUUCUGGAAAGAGUGAAUUCAUGCAGCAUCCAGAGAGCUGACGGGGACUGUGACUUGGCUGCUGUCAUCCUUCAUGUUAAACGCAGAAGAAUCUGCAUCAGCCCUCACAAUCAUACUUUGAAGCAGUGGAUGAGAGCCUCAGAGGUUCCCAGUCCUGACAGUUCUGACAACUUGGGCUGGAUCAUUCUUUGCUCAGGGACUCUUCUUAUAUAG